CGCUAUGUGAUUUUGACACUUGGCAAUGAUCCUUAUAAAUUACCCGCAAGAAGAUUGCUAUCAUUUGGAGAUAUUCAUUCUUUGAGUAAGAUCACUCCUGCUUCACUCAGAAGAGACGUUCAGAAAUUGCGAGAUAUUUUGGUAAGUUAUCUAUACCUGGAUGUUGUGAUUGUCUUAUUAUUGUUCAUUGUCAUCAAAACAAAUCUUUGUUAUCAUUUUGUUCUUAAGUAUAGUCUCAACAUAUGACCAAAACCCGGGGCGCAAAAUGUAAACAAAAUUUUAUGUUUGGGUUUAUGAAAUUUCAACCUCCCAUUUUUGUACACAUGUCAGAUAUAUUUUAAUACAACAAUAUCUUUUCAAAAUAUCGAUUGUGCAUAUGGAAGAUUUGUUAGAAAUCGAUCUUUUAUUUACAAAAAAGAAAUAUUAUAUUCAAUUUUUUAAGUCUAUCCUAUAAAUCCUGAUUUGUCCCUCGAGACGAAUCUAGGAGUACAUACACGUUUCAAUCUAUUACGUGAGAAAUUUUCCUACGUAAAAUUUUUUGUGUCGAAUACAAGCUGUGAAUCGAGUAUUAUUUCAUACAAACUGUCGAGUGAAUUGAAAUGAUGGGAAAAGUACUGAUGUACCGAUAUGGAAAUUCACCGAUAACCGAUAUUGAAGGAUCGAUAUUUUGCCGAUAGCGAUAUUCUAUGUCGUUUCACAAAAUUCAAAGAUAAAAUCAUGACAGUUCUAAUUUAAUACUUUUGAAUUUAAUUCAAUUCAUUUGUUUCUAAAUACUGAAAAUAUCAAAUGAAAUGCUUCUAAUGCAUGCCGUAUUACUACGCUAGUGACUGUUCAUUUAUUUGUAAUAAAAAUAACUAUUGAACUGCAACUAUAAACAAUCAUUAAUAUUUAAUAACAGUUUGUAAUAUCGGUAAUAUCAAGAACAAAAUUACCGAAACCGAUAUUUCUAUUUUAGUACUGAUAUCACUGGGAAAAAGAAGAUAAAAUUAUGUACAUUACAUACAUUAUAUAUAUUGUAAAAUUAUUGAUAAAAUGUUUUAUAAGAAUAUUAAGAUGUUCGUGUGAUUUAAACAUUUUCCAGUUUAUAUUUGACUUUCCCCUUUAACAUUUCAAGAGAUCAAACACCAAAUUUAACAAAAACAUUUUUGCUGACGUGUUAUAAUGUGAAAACUUCGCAAGUAAUUUCGAAAAGAAUAAUUUGUGAAUUUCUUGUUUAACUUGAAAAAUAAUUUCAUUUGAGCUAAUUCGAACGUUUGAACAAUUGCAAAUGACUUUUGAACAAAUAUUUCUCUACUUGUUAUUUACUCGAAGUAUGAAGACGUAUAUUAGCUAAUGCGGGUGGUGAUAAAGACAUUUGAAAAGCGUUGUAAAAGUGUUUAGCGAAUGAACAGGUUGAUGCUGGUAUCAGUAGCAUACUUCAGUUUAAUUAAAACAUAAUUCGUCAGCGAAACCUCGACCUAAAGAGGAUGAGAGUCGAGGCAUUUGAAGCUCUAGAUUAACAAGAUAAAGGUUUGAUGAAUCUUCCAACUAUGUUUUAACUUAAACACAUGCUAGUGUUGAGAAAACAUUACGAACAACUGACCAAGGUUGCACUCUCAUCGUUUGAUCCGGGCUUUAGAAUUCUAAAUAUCAUUUAGAUCAUCGGAACUUAUGUGACAGAAUUACAGUGCAAUGUCCCUGUGGAUGUUCCCAUUGUAUUAGAACGAACUUGCAACAUUCUGAUUAGUUCCAACUAUUGCUCCAACAACAAAAUUGACAUUAGAAGAUAAUUAGAACAAACUCAAAAGCAUUCUAAUGUGGCAGUUAGCGCAGUACCGUAUAUUCGCAUUGAAUUAUAGAACCCCAUAUUAGAACAAAUUAAGAACUGAUGUUAUCAUUGCUUGCAACAAGCUUAUUACGCACGUUUUGACUAAACGUGCGUAAUAUUGUGUAGAUAAACCAGACUCAGAUCUGUAAUUUCACUUUCAGGUUUAAUCGUAAAAUUCUAAGAUGAAGUUGACAAUUUUCUUAGCCGCAUUAGUCCUGGUACUAGGAGUGUCCUUUACGUUGUCGAAACCAUUAACAGGUGAGAACAUUUCAGUUUUAAAAUUACAAUAGACCUUUUUCGUAAUGACGUCAACCGCAUAAAAACAAUUCAAGCGAUGUCACACGGGAAUAUUUUAAGCGACAAUACACCCUUUCGAUAAUUACGCCACACAUACUUUUUGGUCUUGGAGCCUCGCUCUCAUUAGUAAAUUACGCGCAAGGUGAUUGACUCACAUUCAUGAGAGCGAGGCUCCCAGGCCAAAGACGUAAUUAUCGAAAGGAUGUAUUCACAAUUCAAGUCGUUUUGAGCCAAUUAAAUUUCAUAUAACAUAAUUUGUAGUGCGAAUUGCCGCUAAAAAUUGGGACAGUGGAACAUGAGAAAGGUCUCUUGAACGUUAAAUCGAAACUUAGAUCUGUUUCUUGACAUAUCUUACAUUGUAUUAGUUUUUCAUUGAGUUUUGACUAUCAAAGUUUCCUGAUGCAUUUUUAGAAGAAAUUGCCAAUGUCGAGGAGGCCGAAUCUGGGGAGAGUGGCGAGGCUGAAUCUAGUGGAGAAAGUGGCGAAGCUGAAUCCAGUGGGGAGAGUGGCGAAGCCGAGUCCAGCGGGGAGAGUGGUGAUGCCGAAUCUAGCGGAGAAAGUGGCGAGGCUGAAUCUAGUGGGGAGAGUGGCGAGGCUGAAUCUAGGGGGGAGAGUGGCGAGGCUGAAUCUAGUGGGGAGAGUGGCGAAGCCGAGUCCAGCGGGGAGAGUGGCGAAGCCGAAUCUAGCGGAGAAAGUGGUGAGGCCGAAUCAAGUGGGGAGAGUGGCGAGGCCGAAUCUAGCGGAGAAAGUGGCGAGGCUGAAUCUAGCGGAGAAAGUGGCGAGGCUGAAUCUAGCGGAGAAAGUGGCGAGGCUGAAUCUAGCGGGGAGAGUGGCGAGGCUGAAUCUAGCGGGGAGAGUGGCGAAGCCGAGUCUAGCGGAGAAAGUGGCGAGGCUGAAUCCAGUGGGGAAAGUGGCGAGGCUGAAUCCAGUGGGGAAAGUGGCGAGGCUGAAUCCAGUGGGGAAAGUGGCGAGGCUGAAUCUAGUGGGGAAAGUGGCGAGGCUGAAUCUAGUGGGGAAAGUGGCGAGGCUGAAUCUAGUGGGGAAAGUGGCGAGGCUGAAUCUAGUGGAGAAAGUGGCGAAGCUGAUGAGGAAUAGAGAACUAUGUGUAUCACAAACUAGAAAUAUGAAUCCUGAAUGGCUAUUUUCAUAAUCAAUGACAAAUAACUUCGAAAAACAGAGGCAGAUAAUAUAAAAUAUAAAAUAUUAUACUGAAUUAGUAGUGCAAUGUAUGUUGUUUUCAAUAGUAAACUUAUCUAUAAUUUACAGUUGAGAAUAAAGGGUUUAUUUCUACUUUGUCUUUCCUAUUCGCUUUUUUCGUUUAAAUAUCCAAGGAAUAGCGGAAAUAAUAUAAAUUCUCAAUAUUAUUCAUUCUAUCAAACCAACAGGCUCACUUUUCGCUCGUGACCUGUACUUCUGUUCUAACAAAACUAUUGCCUGUUUUGCAGCUAACAUCACAUCUAUAUACCCAAAACCUUGAGGAAACGUCUGCCUUUGUAACCAAGCUUCGGCUUUGAUAGCUAUUAGUACCCAGUCUUUUUCGUGGCUCGUCCAUUUUCUUUUGAGAUAUACCAAGGCCAAGGCAGUAGCCCAUAACGCUAGGGAGUCGUAGUAACAAUCUAUUCCCAGUCUAUCGUCCUGUUCUGCCAAGGGAAUCAUUGUGGAGUCUACAAAUGGUGCUGCAAGUUCUAACUGAACUAAAGGAAGGCCAAUUAUACGCGCAAAGGCGUAGGUUAGUUGCCAGAAUCCUUCAGCAUAUUGGAGGAGGAUAAGACGAAUAAAUGGUGGCCCUAGAGGGAGAACAAUUCUUGUUAAGGCAGAUUUACACUACACAACCUUUUCCUAAAACUGUCACAUGCAACGUGCUUACAACUUGAGUGGCAC